UCGAAUUCUAUCGCGUUUUAAAUCAGCCUUGUAUAAACCAAUAAAUGCACAUUAUCGGGCAAAAGUAGCUUACAUGGAAAGAUGGACUUUAAGUUAAUUUCGUAUGGUGAGUAUAUUAUAUGACGAAAAUAAAAGCGUGCUGUAAGAUGUCUUUGUAUUGGAGAUUAAUUUUUGAACGAAGUGUUUAAUAAGAACAAGAAAUGGACAAACAAAAAGUUAUCCAGCUACGUUCUGUAUUCCACUAUCAUUUCUGUUUGUAUGCAACAGAAUUUAACGCGAAAGAGUAAUUACACAUUAUAUUGAAAGAUAUUUGCAAAAUGUUGCACGAGGUAUUAUUGUCACUGUGGGGAUGUUCAACUAGUGUUUCAGAAAUAUUAGAGACAGAUACUGUAAACCUUGAAAAAUAUUUACAUCCUGGGGAACGUGCAUUACUUAAAAAGGUAUUGGAAAUUGUUGACAAGUGCAAUGUUAUUAGGAACUUUAUCCAAGAGUAUACAGCGUCAGAUAUUUCAAGAUCCACUGAUGUUCAAGGUCUAUAUAUACAAGCUCUCUGUGAAGGAAUGGAUCAAGCUUUAGAACCAUUUCGCAAUGAGAUUGUUGAUUUAGAAAAUGUGGUUCUUAAUGACAGUUAUACUCCACUUUCAUUAAUUCUUUGUCGUGUCCAAAAGUAUAUAUGUCUAUUUUCUGUUUUAAAUUUUAUUAUAAAAGAGAUUCGUACACAAAACAUUCAUGGUUGUAAACUACUACAAUGUUUACACCAAAAUAUGCAUAUUGGUAUUCCUGAAAUAAAGUCAGCUUUAGAAAAGAUGAUUUACUGUGUACAUACAGUUUUCUAUAAACAAAUGACAAGUUGGCUUUUAUAUGGUCAUUUAGAAGACAUGUACAAUGAGUUCUUUAUUAAAAAAACAUCCGAAGAACAAACCAGUUUGAUAUUAGCAGAUAAUAAAAAUAACGUUGUAGAGUCAACGAAUACUAAGUUUAACUCAGAUAUGUGGGAUUACAAUGUUCAAGUUGAUAUGCUUCCUUCUUACAUUAGGCCAUCACUGGCAACGAAAAUUUUGACUAUAGGACAGACUAUUAUAAUGUUUGGAAACGAUCCAAGGCAAAAGAAAGACUUUGCCAUAGAGAAUCAAACUGAAACUUCCAUAUGGGGGGACAAGGAAUAUGAAUAUUUCCUUAAACUUCAAAAUCUUCAAAAAGAACCUGUAUUCAAUAUAAUUGAGUUUGAACGUACAAUCGAUGAAUUCAAACAAUGUAUAACUGAACUUUUAUGGCGAGUUGCCGUCGAAGAAGCGCAACUUGUGCAACAACUUAAAUUAGUAAAAGAUUUUUUUCUUAUGGGACGGGGUGAUUUGUUCCUUGAAUUUAUUAGACUCACUGCUCAUGUACUAAAUAAGCCCCCAACGAAUCAUACGUCUAGAGAUAUCAAUUUAGCUUUUCAAAUAGCACUUAGAAAAAUGCAUUUGAACGAUGAGAAUGCUAUGGAUAGCUUUAAUUUUAUAAUACCAGUCCCGACAAAAGAGACUGAAGAUGCUGAGAUAGAAAGUACAGAGUUUACCGAUAAAGAACGCGAAGAUCCUAUUGAAAAACGUGGAUGGGGCAUGAUCAUUCUGAAGUACAAAGUCAUAUGGCCAUUGCACUUAUUAUUUAAUCCAGCCGCUUUAAACGAUUAUAACACACUGUUUCGAUUUUUACUAAGGGUUAAGAAAACACAAAUUGAUCUAUGGAAUCUGUGGAGUGAACAUAUGUAUAAAAAAAAGAUCGAUAUUGGCGUAAUUCAACUAAGAAAUAACUUAAUUUUUAUUAUUGAUAAUUUGCAAUACUACUUACAAGUGGAUGUAUUAGAAAGCCAGUAUACUAUCAUGGAAACAAAUAUGAAAAAUACUCGAAAUUUUGAAGAUGUACAAAAAGCACACUCUAUUUUUUUAGCUAAUGUCAUGUCACAAACAUUUCUAUUAGGAAGUUCAACUGAACGAAAAAAUCCUGUAAAUAAACUGAUAAAACUUUUGCUACGACUUUGCGACGAUUUUAUCUUACAAGCAUCAAUGUGGGAAGUAGGUAACCUAAUUUUAACAGAAAAAGAAGAACUUGGAACAUUGUCCGAUACUCUUGAAAGCCUAAUGAGUUGGCUGACUAAAACAUUGCACAGAGUGCAUGCACAACCUAGCGGAGAACAUUUAGCUCAAUUAUUAUUGAGAUUGGAUUUCAAUAGAUGGUUCAGCAGAAAAAUGUAAAUAAGACUUAUGCUGUUUUAAAUAUUCUAUGUAUGAGGCUAAUGUGGAAACACACACAAUGUAUGUAUGAUGGCUAUUUUAUUUCAAAAUCAAUUUUCUUUCUUGUACUUAUCUGUUAAACAUACUUUCAAUUUAUUUUUCUAUCUUCAUUAAUAUAUAUUUGUAAUGAAGUAAGUAACUAGUUUCU